ACCAGGACCGAUUCCUCAACACGCAGACCAACAAGCUCGCAGAUAGCAGCAAUCCUGAUCAAUCAACAUGAAGUCGCUCCUCGUCGCCAUCCCGCUGCUGGCUGGACUUUCCACGGCCGCCAUCAACGACCUCUGCCAAGCCCAAGGGUACCAGGGCACCUGCCAGACCACCACGUGGUGUGGAAACCGCGGCGGCAGCCAGCCAGUCGUCGGGGCCUGCCCCAACGACCCCAACAACGUCAAGUGCUGCCUUUUCCCCAGGUGCAGCUCCAGCCGCGGGUACUGCAUGGGCACGGCCAGCGGGCUCUGCAGCACCAGCUUUGUGUCCGGACAAUGCCCCGGUCCCAACUCCUACAGGUGCUGCCUUUCUCGUUGAAGCAAGAAUCUUGCCGAGGGGUGUGAUGCGCACUCGGGAUUGUCAGGGAAUGACAUGGAUCAUAUGGUGUGGGCUUGAUGGCGAGACAUGUCGGAACCGUGACCAGGGCGGCACCAACGUCACGACGGCCGACCGGGCAAGCAUCCCUCAUGCUAUGGCAAUCACCGAGAGGGUGGGAAGAGAAUCCAUGAUAGCAACGCGGCGUAGAUCUAGUGCAUCGAUAUAUGCCACAAAUGCAUGGAGAAAUCAGAAUUUUUGCC